AUGUCUAAGAGAAAGCUGGAAAGCCAAAGUCCGCCCAACAUGUCUCCACACAAGAAGACACGGGUGGUGCCAGGCCCCAAAUUGCACCGAUGGACCGGUGAAGGCUUCGAGCAUAUGGUCUACACACCUCCAGUAUCACCCCUGCCAUCUCCAUUCGGAAUCGACUUCCACGUGGAUCAGAAUACGAGGGAUGCCGUUGCACGAUUCGGACCAGCUCUUCAAGUGGCAUAUGAAGCAGCCUCCAUGGUCGCUGAUAAGGCUGGCGCUCGUCAAACACUGCUGAACUUGUGCAACAACGAACAAGUGGCUUGGAUCGAUCCUUUGCAACCCAUUACGUUGAAGUCGGGCGAAGGGCUAAGCUUAUCCCAGGAGAACGACGAAACAAGAAUCAUCAGACUUCGAAAGGUUUUCAGCGCAUAUGCUUCCAGAUGGUUCGCCUUUGUGCAAAGAGAUACACACCUGACUGUCAACGGACAGAAUUACCCAAACACCCACGACAUCAUCAUUGGACCUUUACCUCCAUUUUCAGUCGUGGAGUAUCACGAUCGAGUAGUCUUUCUGUACUUGAACCGUGAGAGUGUCGACUACAGACCAGGCAAGCUUGACUCUCAGCCCAGUAUUAGUCGCAUCCUUGCAAGUUUCAAGGACGACAAAAAGUCCGCGAGCAAAGGAGGGACACCAGUGGCAGCGGCUGCCUCUUCGAGAGGAGAGAUAGUGGACAUCAAGACAAGUGCAAAGACAGAGCCUGAGGUUCAGCCCAAGGACAGCGACUCAAGCGAAUACUUCAAAUGGCGAAUGCGGGAGUGGAAGCUUCUCAAAGAUCGAUCCAAUGUUGCACUGAUUGACCCAGCUAAGCCACCCGAUGUCUUCGGCCGUGCAGAAUGGCUUGUGGACAGCGUCGUUUACCGAGCGAUCGCUUCAGUCACCACAGCAAUUGGAUUGGAGAAUGAUAUAGAUUUCGCCAUGAUUGACGAGUGGGGUUACAGACUAAUAAAACGAGCUCAAGGCCCUGAGAACGAAUCGCUUGCGACCGCUGGCCGCAACAGAGACCUUUUCCUACCUUACAACACAAAUGACACCCAUGGACUUCAUUGGUUACUCGUCCAUGCCAAAUAUGUAAACAGCAACCCUGAAAUCCAUGUUUACGACACUUUGAGCAUGGCGAGGGGCCAGGAAGAAAAAAUCAAGAGGGCUGUCCUCAACACAAGAUUGUACGAUGUCAGCGAGGAUUUGGACGAGGAUUUGAUUGACCUCACUCAUCAUAUUGUGGCACGACAGCCGAGUGGUUGGGAAUGCGGUUACUUGACCAUCCUCAAUGCCUGGUGUCUUGCACUCGGUAUGAAGCCAGGGGUAGCGAGGCACUAUGCCACCUCGGUGAACAGGAUCCUCGAGCUCAUUGACAUGAUCAACUAUUCAAUGGCUGGGUUCAUGGACUCUGCCACCAUUCAGGCCUAUAUGCAUUGUGUCGGUUUUGUUGAUGCUGAUCACAACACAAUUGCCUCUGAUCGCCACUUCACCCGCAGUGUACCUUUCUUGACCAAGGAGUCCUUGAACACAUACAUCCUUAUGCGUCAAGAGCUCGAGAAGAAUCCUCACUCAGCCAUCAGACGUCUCGAUUUGGCUACCGUUCGCUUCCUUCUGCGUCCUCAAUUAGGCGAUUUCGAGGAUCUGGAUACCAUGAAACCUGAAGUUCUUUUCCAACACUUCGACAGAUGGCUGAAAGAUCGAGACUUGAUCCAGUGGGACCCCAAAUCACCACUUAGCCCAACCAGCCCAGCAACCAUGCGCUUGGCAUUUGGUAUCGCAGAGUCGACCCGUACAGAAGGAGCACCGCUGCCAACCAUUCCCGACGAUACAAAGCUGCUGCGCAAGAUCUGGAACAUCUACCAUAGGAUGCUCAAGCAACAAGGAUAUCUGGGAGUAGCACGUCAAGAAAGAGCCAAAGACAUGGCCGACGGUUCCUUCUCUACCCAAGAGAUCAGCAACGAUGCCAAAUACCCUUACGAUGAUCCUAAGGUCGUUGCUCUUGACAGACUUGGAAUGUUGCCGACCGAACACUUUCUCACACCAUACGAAAAAGAGAACAUAAGAGGGUCAUCACGACCUGCACCAAAACUCAGAUUGAGGCACAAGUGA